CCGCCUUAAAUCCAACCAUACGACAUCCAGCGCAAACAUGCCUCACAGCAUCUUAAUCACCGGCGGCUCCGGCUACCUAGGCGGCACUCUCCUCGCGCGCUGGAAAAGCGCCAAUCUCCCCCCAUACAACACCCUCUACGCCCUCGUCCGAGCAGAAGAGCAAGCACAGAAGGUGAAGCAGUACGGCGCGGAGCCGCUGAUCUGCAACAUCAGCGAUCAUGAACAGUUGACUCGAGCGAUUAUCGACAAAAAAAUCACUGUGGUCUAUUUCCUAAUUGAUGCGUAUUGGGACACGCAUCAGAAGGUUUUGAUCAAGGCACUGGGGGAGGUGAAGAAGCAGACAGGGGAGGAGGUGCACUUUCUGCAUACCGCAGGAGCGAAGCACUUUAGUCGACAUGCGGGGAUUUAUUUCGAUGAGCCGCUGCUUGAUACUGAUCCGAAGCUGUAUGAUGUUCAGAAGACUGCUGUUUCCCCGCAUAAUUGGUUUUCUCAGGCUGUCAAAACAAAUGUCACUAUGAUUGACACUGCUGAGAAAUACAAAGUACGAAGCUAUAUCUUCGCUCCGUGUAUUGUCUAUGGUGAAGGGGAAGGAUUCGGCAAUCGCACUUCAAUCCAGGAUGUUGCAAUCGUCAAAGCCGCAACGAAGGCCCGACGAGUGUACAAGGUUGAUCUUGAUAAUCCGACUUGGCCUGUCUGCCACAUCAUCGAUAAUACCACCUUGUACCUGCAGAUCUUACGCCAGAUCCUGCUAGGUAACAACAUCGGGCAUAACAAGAAUGGUUUCUUCCUUGCUGCUUCCGGCAGUGUACCUUGGAACGACAUUUACAGUGCCAUCGCCAAAGCCCUCACAAAGCGCGGUAUCGUGGAUGACGACAAAGUCGAACAGGCGGACGGACCUGUCCUCGCGAAAAUGGCUGAUGCGCUUCAAGUAACGCCGUCUGCUGUCCCUGUGCAGCUGGGUGGAAAGUGUACAUUUACGGCGGUCCAUGGCCAUCGGAUCGGAUGGAAGCCGCAGUAUCCACCGGAGCAUAUACUUAAAGCGGCAGAUGCAGAGGUUGACUUGAUUUUGAGGAGCUUGGAGGUUGAUGUCUCGAGGGCAACUAUUCGGUAAUGGCGGAGUAUUUGCAUAUAACGGGCAGACCUUCAUAUAAUUGUUACCGCAUGCAUAACCAAAGAAGAUAACUAUGUAGUUACAUAGUUAAGGACUCAAUACUACUGCCUGAGGCAUCAUUGUAACCCGC